CAAAUGCCAACACUAAUUUACAAAAUCUUUUGAAUAAUAUGGGUUCAAAGCUUGACAAGCUUGAUAAUCUUGCUGAUGCACUUAAAGCCCUUCAUUCUUAUUUUAUUUACCCAAUGCAAGUUAAUGAAUUCUUAUUUAUUCCUAAUAAAGAUAUUGUUUAUAAAGUUUCUAAUGAUAAUUAA